AUGGGCGACACGAUUCCAACCAUGAUCCACCGGUACUUGUUGAUCUCGUUGAUCAUCUCCAGCGGCUUGGCCUUCCUGGACAACACUCUUCCGCUUCAUUUGUUCACUAAUUUACAGCGAGGCCCUGAGAGCAGCAGUGUUGAGCCGACAGGUUCAAAAAUCUAAAAUCUUGAAUUUAAAAAAAAAAAGUGUUAAAAAAAAUUGAAAAAUAUAAGAAAAUAUUGAAAAUUCUGAAAAAUAUAAGAAAAAGUCUGUAAAAAUUCAAUUUCCAGUCGUAAAUUUUUGAGCUUCAGUUUUUAUCAGCGCAAGAAUGGCACUAAGCGUUGCGGGUUUUCGAACGCGCCCGACUUGAAACUACUUGCGCGCAAAGAUAUAAUUUUGACCGAGAUGCUCCCUCAACUCUUUGAGCCAUUCCAAGUGCGACCACGGCAUGUGAUUUUUCUAGAAUUUUUCAAGAUUUUCAAGAAAAUAUUAUUUUUGACCUUUUUCAAAACCAAAAAUCUUUCUUUCUCAGAAUUCAAACCAAGAUGAAGUUUUGGGUAGUUUCUGGAUUUUUUUUUUGUUUGAAAACUUUUUUUCGCAUUUCAAAGGUUUAUUGACUACUACCAACGCCUUCUAGGAAUUUUUUUAGCUGAAAAAAAUAUCAAUAAUGAUGAUAAAAGAAGGCUUCUGUAUGAUGGGAAAUAACCAAAACAAGUCGUUUUUUUUUGUUUUUGUUAUCCUUUUAUGAGCGUGGAUGAUAUUGAAGUCUUCUAGGAUUUCCUAAAAGUUCAAAAAAAAAAAAACUGAAACUGUCUUAUUUCUCUGCGCCCCGGUGAGAGAAAAGAGAGCGCAGACAGGUCAGAGUUUUUCGAGUCGUAAAGCCGAAAAUCAGUUUGACAAGGUCUUACGAAGUUUUUUUAUUGUUUGAAAAAGUUCAUCGCCUAGUCGAUUAUAUCUAUGAAUAAAAAAAAAUAAAUAUUUAUCUAUUGAUUUAUUGAAUGUAAAAAUCAAUAGAAAGCUAUGAAAAACACGUUCAAACUUCAAUUUCUCUCAUUUCAGUCAGACGAGUCCCGCCGUAUUUUUCCUACAAACUCGAGCGAAAAUACGUCGUCGGCGUCGGCGGCAGCAUCAAUCUGACAUGUGUCGCCGUCGGCUACCCCAUGCCGAGGGUUUUUUGGAAGAAAAGCGAUCAAGGUUUGGUUCAUUUUGACAAGAUAUGAAAAGGAGGCGAGAGAGAAUGGUAAGCAAGAGAGACGGCAGAGAAGGCAGAGUUCUCUCCUUCUCUGGCGUCUCUACAGGCCGCCGCUGAUCUCUUAUUUUUGACGGUUUUGAAGCUUAAUUUUAAGUCCAAUCAAAAGCUUGUGAGAGAGCAUGGAAGACAGGAGAGACGGCAGAGAAGGCAGAGUUCUCUCUUUCUCUGGCCUCUCUACAAGUCGCAGCUGAUCUCUUACUUUCGAAAACAUUGAUACCGGAUUUUGUAUUCUAUUGAUAGCAGGCGAGAGAACAUGGCAAUCUGGAGAGGCGGCACAGAAGUCAGAGUACUCUACUUCUCUGGCGUCUCUUCAAACCGCCGUUGAUCUCUUACUUAUCCUUACCUAACCCUUAUAUAGACAGUUUUUUUUGUUUAGAAAUCUCAAUUUUAACUUGAUAAAAAGGUGGAUUUCCUCAAAAUAACCUGAGGGAAAAAGAAAAUCUCUUCAGAAGUCCUCGACGACCCAUCCACAUCUCCAGUCGGCAAGAACGUUCUGACCCUUUCCAACGUCGAACAAACGGAAAAUUUCACCUGCGUCGCCGUCAGUGCUCUCGGAAACAUCGAAGCCACCACCACUGUCAUUGCCAAACGUUGGUCUUCCUUCUAUUUUCAAAGAAAUAUUUGAAAAAUUACAGCCCUUCCCCCAGCUCCAAAAGACGUCCAAGUGAUUGCGGUCACGUCGGAGUCGGUCACUCUUCGCUGGGAGCCGCCGAUUACCGACCUGCCCAUCUCCAAGUACAUCGUCAAGUACCGACAGAAGUGAGUGAAGUGGAAAAAAGUCCACUGUAAUGUAGAAAAUCCAGAAAAACCGCUUCUAAACGGAAUUAGAAACGCCGGGGUCGGGUUUAGGCGAAAAAGAGGCUUUUUAGGGGUUAAGUUUAGGUUUUAGGACUUGAGAGUGGACCCUUCAGGGGUUAGGGGAAAAUAGCGGGGAAAAAAGUGGUCCCUAAAGGGUUAAAAUUCAGGUGGACCCUAUUCCCCUAUAGGGCCACUUCUGCGAACUUUAGCGGUCCCUAGAGAAGUCCCUAGAGAGGAACCUUCAAGAACCACUCUGGUUGCUUCUAUAGGGACCACUUCAGUCCUUGAAGCUUCUAUAACUGGGAAAAUUUCUAGUGGCCACUAAAGAGGCUCGCCGAGGACUACUAGGAGAAGACACUAAAGCGGCCACUGAACUCACUUCUAUAGUUUCCACUAUGAAGGUUCUUUAUUUAGUGGCCACUUCAGUAGUUUUUCAUCCAGUAUUCCUUCCAGUAACUCUGAUGAUUUUAAAACAAACAGAUUGGACCAGUUAUGUGGAUCCAUUGACCCCUAAAGUGGCCACUAAAAUUUUUAGUGGUCUAGUGGUAGCACUUAGACCUCUAUAAUGGCCACUAAUUUCUAACCCCUUAAGUGGCCGCUAGUUUGACUAUUAUAGUUGCCACUAAAACUUCAAAACCCUCUAGUGGCCACUAAAAAUUUUUGAAAAAAGUUAGGUCAACUUUGACCCCCAUUUUUGAAAGAAGUUUUUUCACAACCUGAUCAAAAUUUUACAAGUUUUGUGUGGAUUUCCGUGUGAGUGUUCUUCAAAAAGUCCACUAACAGUUUGACGUGUUCUUCUUCUUUUCUUAAUCGCACCAAUGUUUUCCUCAGAAGUGGUCUCACCACGACUUCUUCUUCUUCUUCUUCCACUCCUUCUCCUACCGAUUCUGUCGCCUUUGGGUGAGUGUCCGAGUCAUUUUUUGCAUGGAUGUGGUUGGUUUUGAAUGUUUUUGAAGCAUUUUCGGACUUUUGAGCAGACAAAUUGUCAGGAAAUCGAUAAUUUUUUGCUUUCGGAUCUUUCUUGAUCUCUCAAAAGUUACUCCUUCAGAUACGCCGAAUCCAGGACCGCCCGUGGAAAAACGCUGGAAACUCUCGAAACGAACAUCGUUAUUGAUGGACUGCAACCAUUCCAGGUAUUUUUUAUCAUUACGGGUUGAAAAAAUCUGACCUGUCUGUGCUCUCUUUUCUCUGGCUGUGAAGGUGAAAGAGCAACACGGCGCAGAGAAGUCAGACUUUUUUAAAAAUUUAAUAGCCCGAGGUGUUCAAGUUCAAUUGAAAAUGACAAUUUUCAUCAUUUUGCUGGAAGUGGCUGUUUUUCAACUUCAAAUAUGCUCUAUCGAUAAUUCCACUCCUUUUAAGGAAUUAAAACAUUAAACUACAUCUGAAAAGUUUUAUUAUUGAAAAAAAUACGCAUAGUCAAAUCACUUGCAGCUCUACGAGUUCACCGUUCAAACGAUGAGCGAAGUUGGGCCGGGUGUGACGUCACUACCCACCGAAGCGCAGACCGCCGAAGAUGUCCCAAGCUCGCCGCCGAACUACGCCCAAGCCAGAAGCCUCAACAGGUCGGUUUUCUGAUUUUCAGUUUUUGGGGUCAAAGGUUCGCGCAAGUCCUUUACGGUCGGGUGCAGGGACCGCUACGCAUUUUCCUCAAUAAUCAGGGUGCUGGAAAAUGAUAAUUUUUGAAGAGAUGCGAUUCUGGUGAAAUGGUCGGCAAGCGAUCGACCCAACGGGCAGAUUCUCGGCUACCGUGUCAGGUACACUUCGGCCGACCCGGAAUUGUCCUUGGAUCAGUGGAAAAAGGUUUAUUUUCACAUUUCAAAAUGGAACAAUUAUUAUAGGCAAAGUCGGAAGGACCCUUUAGGGGCCCCUUGAGCGUCCGUCACCUUUUUUUGAGGCUCUUUAGACCUCCAAGAAAGAAAGACUCGAAAAAGGCCUCAAAACGGAACCAUUUUAGCGGCCAUUUUGCAUCCGUUUUCCGCACUUCCGACUUUGGCAGUGUAUAUCAUACGAUUCGUAGAUUUUUUUAAAUUCAUUAGGUUCCAAUCUUUUUACUAUCACUGUUUAAUUUCGAGAAGAUAAAAAAUAGAAAUGCUCGCCCAAAAAAAUCCGAAAUUCCAGCACGAAACAAAGGCGGAUGAGCUGAUGGCGACCCUGUACGAGCUCGAGCCGGACACGAAAUAUUUCAUCCGAGUUACGGCCCGAAAUUCCAAAGGCGAAUCUCCAGUCAGCAACCUCGUGACUGUAUCUACCAAGCAAGGAAGUUGGUCUUUUUCCUCAUAACCGUCUGACCCGUCUGCGCUCUCUUCUCUCUCAUCGGGAAGAGAGCUCAGAGAAGAUGGAUAGUUUCAUGAGGUAGCGUAUGGCGAACUGUAUUUUAAGAUCAGGGUCUAAAAAAAAAGCCGUGGUAUUUUUUGGAAAGUGUGCUCCGACGCUAUAUGUGUUAUUUUUACAUUUCUCAUUUUUGUAAAGCUUCAGACACGGUUUUUUUAUUUAUUUCUAAAAAAUGAUCAAAAUGACGUCCUACUUUUAUUUUCCAUUCACGACGACUCGGAACAGUCUGACCUGUCUGCGCUUUCUUUUCUCUCAACUGAGAUGUCAGAGAGCAUGAGAGCGCAGAGAAAUGAGACUUUUCAGAGUUGCAGUGAAUGAAGUAUACACCCAAACCGAAAAAAAAGUAAAUUUUUCAGUCCCCGGACAACCGACGCGUCUGAAAGCAUCCGCCUUGGAUUCACGAAGGAUCCAGCUCACCUGGGAUAAGCCGCUUUUCUCAACUCCUAUCACAGGUGAUUUUUGUCGGAAUUUUUCUUAAAGAAGUCAUUUUUUCAGGUUAUACAAUCCGAUACAACACGUCGGAUGGCGAAAAAGAGCUGACUUUGACGCCGCCUCUGGAGAAACAUGUCGUCAGUGGACUUCUACCGGACCGUUUUUAUGCCUUCCGGUGAGGAUUUGAAUCAUUUUUGAAGCGUUUACUAUACAUUCUUCAAUCGACAUGGCUUGAAUCUGUCUGACUUAUCUGCGCUCUCUUUUUCUCUCACCGGCGAGGUCAUAAACUUUAAAAAAAGAGAGAAAAUGAAGGCAAAAAAAAGCGCUGUUUGGAACCGUAGCGAAUAUAAAAUAUUCAGUUUGAGUUUUUAAGGAUUAGGAAUGAUUUUAGGGUCUUAAUGAACACUAAAUUUUCUUAUUACAUUUUUUUUUACUUUUUACAUUUUUUCCCAGGGUUGCCGCAAUAUCGGCUCGAGGAGAAGGCGAAUUCACGGAACCGGUCAGCGAGAAGACCAUCGCUUCCAGUAAGUUUUUUGCUUUUUUCAAAAUUUUUUUUGUUAUUUUUGUCGUCCUGAUGUUAUGAGAAAAAAUAGCCGCUCAAAGCUUUCACAGUUGCGCUCUAUUGAUAACUUGAAGAAAACUGAAAUAUCGCUCAUGAGACUUCAGAAGCGCUCUCUAAAGAAAAAAGCUUCCAAGAGCGGAAGAUCAAAUUUUUAUCGGUAGAGCAACCUUGACCAAAAGUUUGAGCCGUGGCUAUUUUUUUUUCAAAUUUAUUUUGUGUUAUAUUCAUCGUGGUGAUGUACAAGCACGGCAAAAGUUGAUGAGAAAAAAUAGCCGCCUAAAAUAAUCACAGUUGCGCUCUAAUGAUAACUUAAGGAAAAGAGAGCUGAAAUAUCGCUCAGGAGACUUUAGAAGUGCUCUCUGAAGAAAAGGGCUUCCAAAAGUGCGAAGAAUCAAAAUUUUAUCACAAUUAUCAGUAGAGCAACCUUGACCAAAAUUUUGAGCCGCCAUUUUUUUUAGCUUUUUUGAGUUUGAUUUUUUUCUCUAAGAAAUACUCAAUUUUUGUAGUUUUUAAAGUUUUUCAGAUGGUUUAUCGAUUUUUUUCCUGACAAUUUUUCAGUAGAAAUUCUCAUUUUUCAAAAUAAAGUAAUAAAUUCAGUCACGCCUAUUUUUGCUCAAGCUUGAUUUUUUCUGUCGUCCAGUGAUAGUGCUCGUUUUUUCCAGUACCGCUAGCCGCCCCAAUCGUCACCGACCUGACCUCCCCGACGUCCAAAUCACUGCGCAUCAACUGGAGUGCUCCAAACGCGACCCAGCAGAAUGGCGAGCUCGUCGCCUACAAGCUGACUUUCCGUGUCGUGACGUCGAACUACUCUGCGUCGAUCCUGACGUCUUCAAGCGACGAAUACGACGACGGCGAGGAGGAUGACGUCGAUGAGGCGAAGAUGUUGUCCGAUGACGUGAUUGUUGGCGCGAAUGUGACGUCAUAUGUGAUCGAGAAUCUGACGCCGUGGACGACGUACGAAGUCGUCGUCUCCGCGGCUACAGAUGACGGAUUCGGUCCGGAAAGCUCACCCAAACGCAUGCAAACUCUAGAAGAUGGUUAGUUAUACUAUUUGACUUUUUGGAGUUUUCAGGUGGCUCGUCUGAUGAGGACGUUUACUUGGGUGGGUUUGGUGUUGUCUUGUGGGAUUUGAAGUUUCGGAAUAGCCUGGACAGAUGA